GACCGCGCUCGGUGCCGGUCUCUGCCCCGCCCGGUCGGAGCCGCCGCUCCCGGCUCGGCCCCGCCAUGUCGGCCCAGGCGCAGAUGCGGGCCCUGCUGGACCAGCUCAUGGGCACGGCCCGGGACGGUUCAGUGUAUCUUUGCCUGCCUACAUCAAUCUGCAAGGGAGUUGCAGAAAAGCCUCAUGUUCAUCGAGCCGAGAUGAAACCAGACAAAGGGUGAAGUUUACAGACGAUCGUGUUUGCAAGAGCCACCUCCUGGAUUGCUGUCCCCACGAUAUCCUGGCUGGAACACGAAUGGACCUGGGAGAAUGCACAAAGAUCCAUGACUUGGCACUGCGAGCAGAUUAUGAGAUUGCAAGUAAAGAGAGAGACCUCUUUUUUGAGCUGGAUGCCAUGGAUCACCUGGAAUCCUUCAUUGCAGAGUGUGAUAGGAGAACAGAACUGGCCAAGAAACGCCUGGCUGAGACACAGGAAGAGAUCAGUGCUGAAGUGUCUGCAAAGGCAGAGAAAGUACACGAGCUGAAUGAAGACAUUGGAAAACUCCUAGCUAAAGCUGAACAGCUGGGAGCUGAAGGAAAUGUUGAUGAGUCUCAGAAGAUCCUGAUGGAAGUGGAGAAAGUCCGAGCGAAAAAGAAAGAGGCAGAGGAGGAAUACCGAAAUUCAAUGCCUGCAUCCAGUUUCCAGCAGCAGAAGCUGCGUGUGUGUGAAGUCUGUUCAGCAUAUCUGGGUCUCCAUGACAACGACCGGCGUCUUGCUGACCACUUUGGAGGCAAAUUACACUUGGGUUUCAUUCAGAUUCGUGAGAAACUGGAUCAGCUGAGGAAAACAGUGGCAGAAAAGCAAGAGAAGAGAAACCAGGAUCGUUUGAGACGGAGGGAGGAGAGAGAGCGAGAGGAGAGGAUGGGCAGACGGUCUGGAUCAAGAAAUAGAGAUCGUCGAAGGUCACGGUCCCGGGAGAGGCGGCGAAGGCGCUCCAGGUCGGCGUCCCGGGAACGGAGGAAGUCCCGCUCCCGGUCCAGGGACCGGCACCGGCGCCACCGGAGCCGCUCCCGCAGCCACAGCCGAGGGCACCGCCGGGGCUCCAGAGACAGGAGCUCCAAACACAAAUCCUCCAGAGAUCGGUCUUCGAGGGAAAAGUCCCGAGACAGAGAGAGGAAAGACAAGAGCUCUUCUGAGAGGCGGCACGAGAGCACAAACGGCAAAUCUCGUUCCAAGAGGUCAGAAGAGAGAGAAGCUGGAGAGAUCUGAACUCAAAAACGAUCUGUGUUGCACUGUAAAUAGUCUGAUAAACAUUCUACACAAAAGCCUAAAUUUUCCCAUUUAUAUUUACUGAAUACAACUCAUCUUUUGUAGUUUGGGGUUUUUAUUGUUUGGCAGAUAGCUGUGAGUUUGUAGAGAACACAAGAGUUACGUACUGUUUAACAGGGUUUUGUUUCAGUAGGAAUAAAUAAACCUGGAUGGAUGGUUUUGAGCCCA